AUGUCCCGCUUCACGUCCUCUCUGGGACUUCUCUGUCAGGUCAAUGCGUUUCCCUUCCUGCUCCUCAGCUACACACUCUUUGUAGUGCUGGGAGGUGUGGUGUUCACAGCGGUGGAGAUGCCGGUGGAGAAGGAGCUGAGGGCGGAGGUGGAGGAGCUGCAUAGCGUCUUCCUGCAGGAGAACCAGUGUGUAGAGGAGAGCAGACUGAUGGAGCUGCUGGAGGAAGUUCUCUCUGCUUACCAUGGCGAUGUCUCUGUUCUGAAGGCCGACGCUGACCAGAGCAACUAUGACAUCAUCUCAUCUCUCUACUAUGUGAUUGUUACUCUGACCACGAUGGGUUCUGACUCUUACACUCCCAAAUCUGACGAAGCCAAGCUCUUCUGUAUCUUCUACUGCACCCUUGGGAUCCCCCUCACCCUGUUCCUCCUCACCCUCCUCUCCAACCUUCUCCUCCCCAUCAUCACCUACGCUCCCGUGCACCACCUGCACACUCACUGGGCCCUGCCUUACACCCGGGCCACCGUCACCCACGCCGCCCUCCUCUCAGUGCUCCUCCUCUUCCUACUCUUCCUCCUCCCCUCCCUGCUGGUGUGUGCGGUGGAGCCUGAGUGGAGCUUCCUGGACGCUCUCUUCUUCUGCUUCCUCAUCCUGAGCACUGUGGGUCAGGGAGGGAAGUGUGUGGGGAGAAGCUGGAGCCCAGCAGCCAGAGACACACUCAACCUCCUCACCACAUGUUAUCUGCUGGUGGGCCUGGUGCUGCUCCUUACCUUCAAGGAGACCAUCCUGCAGGUUCCUCAGGUGCGUGCGGUGAUCAGGCUCUUCUCCGGUGCGCAGUAUGCAGAGCUGGAAGGCAUCAAUCUCAAUGAAAUGACACUGAGUGAAGACACCUGUGAGGAAGAGCCUCAGUACUUCUCAUCCAUCUGUACCGUCUCCUCUGCUCCUUUACAGCUGAUGAGUCCAUGUUCAACUCUCCACACCACCUGA